AAAUUGUGUUUUGUGAAAAUCUUGUGAAAGUAUUUAUUUAUUAAAUUAAACUAAGAAAAUGUCAUUCAGAGUGAUUUUACGUAAUUUUAAUACCCUAAGCUACGUCGGAAGCUACAAAACAAUUAGAGGUCAGCCCUUCAAACUAUACUGCGCAGCAAUACUCGGCGCAGGAUUCACAGCUUACACUCAGUUCAGACGGAGCCGAGCCGAGAUGAAAGAGAUCAUACAGAUUAAUAGUUACAUGGCCCCACCAAUCACACCCCUCGACCAAUUGGAGAAGACCCAGGACGACAUGAAAACGCAAAUGGAACUUAUGAUCAUGAGGAUACAGUCCGAAUUCUGUCGGGCACUUGAGAAGGAGGAAGAUAAGGCUUGGGAGGACGAAAAGAUGGAGGAUGAUGAUCUUGAUCCGGACAUUUUUAUUAUUCACCCGGAGGCAAAGUUCAAAGUGGACCGUUGGACUCGCAAGGAGGGUGGAGGAGGAAUCACGUGCGUCUUACAAGACGGACGGGUCUUUGAGAAAGCUGGAGUGAAUAUUUCUGUGGUACAUGGCAAGUUGCCGCCUGCUGCCGUCCAGCAGAUGAGGAGUAGGGGGAAAAAUCUACAAAAUGCAGAACUACCUUUCUUCGCGGCUGGAGUCAGCGCCGUGAUACACCCUCGGAACCCGAUGGUGCCCACCAUACACUUCAACUACAGAUACUUCGAGGUCCAGGAUAAAGAUGGAGUACAAUGGUGGUUCGGGGGCGGUACUGACUUGACGCCGUACUACCUCAAUGAGGAGGACGCCAAACAUUUCCAUUUGACGCUGAAGCACGCUUGCGACGCUCACGAUAAAACUUAUUAUGCCCGAUUUAAGAAAUGGUGCGACGAUUAUUUCUCGAUUCCUCACCGCGGCGAACGGCGAGGAAUCGGCGGCAUCUUCUUCGACGACAUCGACACGCCGUCACAGGAAGAAGCAUUCGAGUUCGUCACGUCGUGUGCAGAGGCUGUCAUACCCAGUUAUUUACCUAUUGUUCAAAAACACAAAGACGACUCGUACGGCUACUACGAGAGGCAGUGGCAGCUGCUCCGGCGCGGGCGCUACGUAGAAUUCAACCUCAUCUACGACCGCGGCACCAAGUUCGGGCUCCACACGCCUGAGGCCCGUUACGAGUCGAUACUUAUGUCGCUGCCUCUUAAUGCUAAAUGGGAGUACAUGCACGAGCCGAAACCUAACUCUCCUGAAGCAGAGCUGAUGAAGGUCCUCAAAGAGCCUAGAGACUGGGUCAACAUUGGGACUUCAAAACGAGCGGCUGCGUGAAGCUAUACUAUAACUUAUUUUAAUGGGUGUAAGGCUUUAAAUCAAAUACCUUUUUUCAUCCAUGUAUAAUCAAUAGAGAUUUUGCUAUCCAUGAGAAGUUAUUGUUUGCAAUAUCUCUAGCUGUCGGUUGUGAUAACUCUAUGGUCCCAAGCUCCUUGUUUCUGCUAUUGCAGAUCCAAUGACGUUUUUAUUAACUAAGCGAAUAGUUUCUACGCUCAUAUAAAGUAAGUUUACAUCACUUAUCACGAAAAUUGUUGAGGUACUUAUGAUAAAUGUAUUUAAAUUAUUGUUAAAGUAUAACAAUGUAUAUUGAUCGAUGUUAUAAUGUCAUAUUUUAAUAUACAAGAUAUUUUUGUAAAAGUUUCA